AUGAUUAAAUAUAUUAUUUUGUUAACUUUUGUUGCCCAAGCACAAAUGGACAUAGCCGGCGAAUGCGACCUGGCUGGUUUCUACUUGGAGUUGGGUUGCACCCCUGUACCCUCAGCGGACAAUUCUACAAUUUGCCCCGAAGCGUUUGUUUGUCCAGAUUUGCAUCCUGACCCUAAGUUAUGCUACUACAGGGGCAAACCCUACGAAGAUCGAUCAACGAUACCUCAAAGGCUCAUCAACAACCCCUGCUCUCAAGCAUGCAGUUGCAGCAUAUCUGGAGAGCCCCAAUUCGAUUGCGCAGCAGUCGACUGCGUAGAAAUCUUCGAUGUCGAUAUAAAGCAGCAAUGUAUAAACACGUACGAAUUAGAUUCCUGUUGUAGUACGGGAACUGUUUGUGGUAAAGAUGAAAUCGCCAAACUAAAGACUUGUGAAGUCGACGGUCAAACGUAUUUAGAGGGCCAAGCGUUUGAACCGAAAAAUACGAGAAAAAACUGUAUUUGCACGGCGCAGUGGAACGGCUCUACAGAAGACCCGUCCUACUGUAGAGAUAUAAACUGUGGUCUUGAGAUACACUACCAGGACAAAAUUUUCGAUAACUGUGCCCCCGUUUUCGCGGGCAACAUGAAGAGUUGCCCCAUUGCUUUUCAAUGUCCCUCAUCAACAUCAAAAGUCGUCCGAGGUUUGAAUUUGCGCAGCGUCAAUUCUCAAUGUUCCUUCGGAAAUGUCACGUUAUCUGUAGGAGAUGAAGUAACAGUUGACGAGAAGUGUACGACAUGCGCAUGCGACGUACCGCCCUUUGUAUCUUGCUCCAGAAGGAAUAGCUGCGAUUGA